UGUACAUUGUUGGGGCAUCAGUAGGCGCAGUACAAUAGCUUAGGCUUAAUUGUUAAGAAAUAUGGGAUCAGAACGAGCAUUAGGCUUUGAGAGCUUUGGUGAUGAUCAAUAUUCACUAGUCAACGUUCAGGAGCUCACCAGAGAGCCACUGAUUGCAGUACCACAUCGCUAUGUGCGUGUGGACGAUCAUCAUCAUCAUCAUCUACAAUCACCUCCGACUGAUCAUCAUCUCCUUGGCAUGGAAACCAGUAUCCCCACCAUUGACAUGAGUAAAUUAGUCAAACCUGAAGCCAUGGAUAUUGAUGAACUUGAAAAGUUGCAUUUAACUUGCAAAGAAUGGGGCAUCUUCCAGUUGGUGAAUCAUGGAAUCAAGAAUCAAUUGCUAGAGAAGCUGAAAAAUGAGACUGAAGCUUGGUUUAAGCUUCCCUUCGAAGAGAAAAUGAAAUACCACAUAAAGCCCGGUGAGGUUGAAGGCUAUGGAGCCGUCGUCGAGAACGAUGACAAAAAACUCGAUUGGGGUGAUAGGUUCUACAUGAUUAUCAACCCUAUUAAUCGAAGAAAGCCUAACCUCUUCCCAGAGCUCCCUUCAUCCCUUAGGAACACCUUAGAGUGUUAUUUCCAAGAGUUGAACAAGCUUGCCAUGAGACUUCUGAAACUGCUAGGUCAAGCCCUGAAAAUCGAAGAGAAAGUGAUAGAAGAAUUGCUGGAAGAUGGAAUGCAAUCGGUGAGGAUGACAUAUUAUCCACCAUGCCCAAAUCCAGAUCUUGUAGUUGGCCUAAGACCUCAUUCAGACGCCACAGCCAUCACCAUCCUUAACCAACUCAAUGGAGUUGAUGGCUUCCAGAUUAAAAGGAAUGGACUCUGGACUCCAGUCAAAUUCCUUGAAAAUGCUUUUGCAGUGAACGUGGGGGACAUUCUUGAGAUUAUGAGCAAUGGUAUGUAUGAAAGCUUGGAGCAUAGGGUAACGGUAAAUUCAAGCAAAGAAAGGAUAUCGGUUGCUAUGUUCUUCAACCCAAAAUUUGAGGCAGAGAUUGGACCAGUGGCCAGUUUGAUUAACGCACAAAAUCCACCUUUGUUUAAAAGAAUCGGAAUGGAAAAAUACGCUCAGGAUUACUUCUCCCGCCGUAGGCUCGACGGAAAGUCAUACUUGGAGAAAAUGAGGAUUAAAAAAGAAUAAAAAGCAACUAAUAUAUGCUACUAUACAGCUUGCAUGCGCUUGAUAAGAAAAGCAUAUAUAUAUAUUACUAUUUAUAUAUAUGGUGUGUGGUUUGCAUUAUAUAAAGUCAUGUAAUAUAAAUAAAUGGAGAUAGAGAUAAGGAAAAUCCCAAAUGGCUAUAGCUUGACUAAGUUCAGAUCCGCCAUAUGUGGACAAGCCAUUUAUAUGUAUACAGUUCAUGUUUAAGUGUGGUUGUUAUAUAUAUAUAUAUAUAUAUAUAUAUGGUCAAGUCGAUGUCUAGCUAGCUACUUAAUUUGUUGUUAAAACUUCAAGGUUGCGCAUGUGGUAGAAUUUGAUGUGGAUACGCAUCUUCAUCAUACUUUUUAUAAA